AUGGACUUUUGGUCUCGUCUCAUCGGCGGCUCACGCGCGCUGUCCAAGACCUCGCGGGCAACCUCACCAACUGAACGCCUGACGGCAUUCAAGCGCGCCUGCAAUGCUCUUCAACAAAUCUGGCGCUCAAACAAUACCCCCUCCGGCGAACAGCCAAUCGCCCAUGCGCGUACCUACAUUGAACGGCUCAACUCGAUCUUGAGCGAUGAAUCCCGAGGACCAGCUCCUCAUCCAUGUGUGGCUUAUGCCGCCUCUUCCCAGAUAUUUGUGACGGUCACGAAGCUCGCCUUGUCAUACUACGAUGAUCAAUUGCUCCGUUCGGCUACGACAUUCUUCAACACCCUUAUCGAUGCGGAGGUGGAUGGUGUGGUCGACAAUCGGCUCUUUGCUCGCGCAAUGGUGGAUCUGGUCCGGCGAGCUGACAAGGCAUCAGUUGAGAUUGAAGGGAGACUGGUAGAACUGCUGUUUGGUAUCUCCAACAAUAUUCGUCUACAACCCGCUAUUCUUCCCGCAUGGUUUGUGCCCCGGGCAACCCCCGUCGUUCAGGAUGGCGAGUCGUCAGGACCGAGUGGGGCGGAGUUUGCGGGUGCGACGCGCAAAGACGAAUUCCCACUGUUCUAUUUGCUCGUUGAUUACGUUCACAAUGAGGGCCGCGCGGGAGAUUUUGCGCGUACGGGGCUUCUAUACUUGAUUGAGACCGCGUCACGCUCGAAGAACUUGGAAAAAUGGUUAAUCGAAAGUGACCUGGCAACGCUGAUGGCUACCGGACUGGGUGCAUUAUACAGUCAAUUGGGCAGUCUAUGCUUCCCAUCACCUGAUGAUGAUGCCCCCCGAAUUAUUGCGCUUUCCGAUCAUGCACAUGAAGUCACAGCUCUUCAACCCGCUCUGGGCGAAGCUAUGGACGCUUUCAUGUCAUACUUGCUCUUUUGGCAGGAUACAAUCGACCAUUGCAAGUCCGCAGAGGUCAAUGACACUCUCCUGGAUCAUUUCCAGGUCCUAUUUCUUGAACAACUCUUAUACCCUUCUCUAUUAGAAUCGUCUGAUGUGGCCGGCGGUUCAACUGCAGCCGUGUUGACCUACAUGUGCCGCAUUCUUGACUCGAUAGACCAAGGUGAAUUGGUGCACCGCAUUCUGCAUUUCUUAUUGGCUUCAUCGCCACCACCCGAAGAACAACUGGAUAUGUCUGCAAGCAGACGCAAAUCUCUCAAUGUGCUGGCCGCGUUAGCUUCAGAGGCAGCUCAGCCUUCCCCUUCCCUAUUCAACCUCCGUGACCUCGCGCUUCUUGGACUUCAGUCCACAAACCGACAGACUGUUCUGGCCACAUUACGUCUAUUGAAUGUAGUCCUCCAGCGUCAUCAUCCGUUUGCUCGAGCACUUAUUCAUACGGUGCCCUAUCAACCGGCUCAGCAGCGAUCUGUCGGUGCAUUUAAUGCGGAGCUUGAACAGCUUCUUGGUCUUGGGACAUCCCUUAUUGAUGAACCGUCCUUGAACGAAUCAUAUGAUAACUACGUUGCAGAUGCGACAUGGGUACUUGAGUCACGCCUCUGCCUCCCUGUGUCAGUCGAGGACGCCGAGGAUGAUAUCCCAUUGCCCAUGCAGCUCCAGCAAGAUGAUCCAAUUGUACAAGGUCUGCUGAGCUGCGCUGAUUCGUUUUUCACCAACAGUGUCAUAGUCAACCUAGCGCUCACCGGGGUGCUUAUAAGUCUGGCAUCCUCUCAUCUAUUUUCCCUAGAUGGCUGGGUGUUGGUUGACCCGGCCCAAUAUGAUUCUCCCUCCAAGACUCCUUCCAAUGACCUUGACCACAUUCGUCAGGCUUACCAAGCACCCACAUGGCCUGAAACGGCUGCCCCAACUCUGACUUCUGCGCUUCGACGGCUAGUAGACCAAGUCCGCCAAUGGCAGCAAGAUCUGCCUGACUUUGAUGUCCUGAUAGCUGCUCGUCGUGAACUACUUCACCGGGAGCAGGAUUCUCAGAUGCCGGCUUCCUCGGAGCCUGAGACCUCGGGCCUGACUACAGACCGCUCGCGCCCCUCAUACCCCGGAUCGCCCGAACCGUCACAGAUCUCGCGGGGCCGAUCACCAGAUACGAAGCCUAGCGCGGCGCGAGAUGAAUCGUCCGUGCGUCCGAUUGACUCUCGCGGGUCAUCGGAUUCUCGCGCUACUACGGCAGAGCUUCUUCGCCAGCGGUUGGCCAUGCCAUUCCCUCCCCUACCCGAAGCGGUACCAGCGGAUCCCGGUGCCACGCCAGAUGAAGAUCAUGAAACGCAGCCUCUGGUUACACUGGGUCACGUUCUUACUAACAUAGUCAUCCUUUAUGAAUUCUUGCUAGAACUUUCUGCCGUGGUGCAGGCUCGAGGAAGUCUUUUUGAAGAAGCAGGAUAUCCUUAG